CUUAGUAUUUUGCUCGAAUCAGGUGCUAGAGAAAGUAUAGUUGAUACUGCUGGGAACAGUGCAAUACACAUAGCUUCUAGAAGAGGGCACGUCGAAAUGGUUAAGCUGCUCCUCGAUAAAGGCGCUGACUGGUCUGUCCCGAGCAAUGAAGGAUGGUCUCCGGUAAACUCAGCCGCGGGUAACGGACACGCCGAUGUAGUUAAGCUGCUCCUCGAUGAAGGCGCUGACUGGUCUGUCCUGAGCAACAAUGGAUGGACUCUGUUAAACUCGGCCGCGAAUAACGGACACGUUAAUGUGGUUAAACUAGUCCUCGAUAACGGCGCU